AUGGCUACUCCUAGUAAAGCAGAUAAACCUCUUCCUUUCUUGUUUCACUUUGUUGCUGGCGGUAUCGCCGGUGUUAGUGAAAUCCUUGUGAUGUAUCCGCUAGAUGUUGUGAAAACGAGAUUUCAACUGCAAGUUAAUACGAAUGUCGGUGGUGAAAAAUACACUUCUGUGCUAGAUUGCCUUCGGAAAAUUGUCAAGAAUGAAGGUUUUAGCCGUCUUUAUAGAGGUAUCCUUCCACCGAUCUUAGUCGAAGCACCAAAAAGAGCAAUUAAAUUUUCAGCGAAUGAACAAUAUUCUACUUUAUUAAAAAAAAUUUAUGGUGUUGAUAAGAUGUCACAGCAGUUGUCGAUCGCGUCAGGUAUUUGUGCAGGUUCUACAGAAGCUCUUGCUAUAGUUCCUUUCGAACUUGUCAAGAUUCGUCUUCAAGAUAAAGAAAGUGCAGGAAAAUAUAGUGGCACAUUCGAUGCACUAACAAAAAUUAUCAAACGUGAAGAAUCUACAAUAUGGCGUCAUGCUACGUGGAAUGGUGGAUAUUUUGGAGUUAUUUUCAAUGUGAGAGGAAUGCUUCCCGAACCGAAAUCAAAACAACAAAAGUUAAUGAACAACUUUAUUGCGGGAGCUAUUGGCGGUACUGUAGGUACGAUGAUAAAUACACCAUUUGAUGUAGUUAAAACGCGAAUUCAGAAUGAUUCUGGAGCCGUGAGGAAAUAUAAUUGGACACUGCCCGCUAUUAAGACAGUAGCUGUGGAAGAAGGAGUUGGUGCCCUCUAUAAAGGUUUUGUUCCUAAAGUUCUUAGACUUGGGCCUGGUGGUGGUAUUCUCUUGGUUGUGUUUGAUCAAAAACAUAAAGACUAUCACGGUGAUAUUAGUAAACAUGAUCAUGAAAGUCUUCGUCCAAAGCAUUACUACUUUCAUCACUAUCAUUAUGAGCCUGAUAGAACAGAUUCACGAAUAGCUUGUGGUGAUAUUUGUGUUAUAGGUUUUCUAUCACUGGUAGCAUUUUAUAUUGGCGUUUCUUUAUAUAUUCUACGCCAUUAUUUAUUGGAACGUAGGUUAAGAAAUGAAGGUUGGACCAGUUUACCGAACGUUGAAAGUGGGAAAUAUGAUAAAGGGUCAGAA